AUGGGCGCCCCGACGAGGACCAAUCAGCGGGCCCUGUUCUACAUGCAGAGGAGGAUGCACAUGAACAUGCCAAAAGUCAACACCCUGAAGCGCAUGGAUAUGCCCACUAUCCGCAAAAGUGUAGAGGUGAGCAAAAAAAAAAACCUAAAGUCUAGAACUCUCUGGAGGAAUUACCUCUACGUGGUUAUCCUAAAACUUUACAACAACCAAGUCAGCAAUUAUGUGGACCUUAUGAUUAUUUUAAAAUUGCUAAGCAAGCAAAUUUCCCUGGAAAAAAAAGUACUGAAUUUUAUUUGCGAAAAACUGGAGAAUCACCUGUACAGACUAACCAUAAGGGAGUUAAGUCUCCUAAUGUUGGUACUCAGAAAACACAAGUUCGACAAUCUAUACUUCCUAAACUUGCUAGCCAAGUCUAUACUAAUAAAAAUGAAUAAAAAUUUGUCCUACAAAGACUUGGCGUUGAUCACCUUCAGUUUGUCGAGAAGCAUUUCCCUCACAGAGAAGGUCUACACGAAUGAGAUUUUCCACUUAAGUGUUGUAAAAAUACACAACGAUUUGAAGAGUCUAAAUUUUCACUCCCUUACUUUAUUCUUCUACUCCUACAGUCUUUAUUUUCUCCACCACUUUGAACACUUCAAUUCUUUUUUUUACAUGACCAAGAAUUUUAUCCAAGUGAUUAAAAAAAAUAUAUAUCUCCUCAACCCCACCGAUUUGAUGUUUACCUUUUUGUCUGCCGUUCAUAUUUGCGGCGCGCUCAAUAACGGUAAAAGAAAUGUCCAAUGUGAGAGGGUGAGGCUUUCCUCAGGUGGGGAAAUACCACAUACUAAUGCAGUCCUGCGUAAAGGAGGGUCUACAAAUAAUCACGCAUUGACUAACUACAGUGUUACCCACGAUCGGACAACCUUUGUACCGUCGAAGACAACUCCCGGGGGAAAAAUUACCACAGGGAGUGUUCCAACGCAGGCGCUUCAUCAAACAAAUUAUACCAAUGCAAAAACGGAGCAACAGGAUGGGCCAGCCUGUGAGGAGACACUCUCCAAUUUUCUAACCCAAGUGAGACACGCAAUUGUAGAAAAACUAAAAUGCUUCAAAGUGGAAGAAGUCACAAAUGUCCUGUUCGCCUGCUUAGAUAGGGACUUCACAAUUAACAAGAGGUACUUCCCAUUUUUGCAAAAGGAUAGAAUACACAUUGAGGAUUACCUCCAUGUGUACGUCAAAAAGGGCCAGACGUGGGAAGAGGAACAAGGGGAGCAGCAUGCUGGAAGGGGAGAACUCACCCAUUGUCUCGUUGAUUCCGUUGCGGAAGACUCCUCUAACGUUUUUCCCCACCCGACCAACUACAUCAUCCGAGUUAGCCAGGACACUCACCAGGAGGAAUCCUUCCUUAACGCACUGUCCGAGGAAAUAAUUUACCGUAACGAAUUCCUAACCGCGCGGCAAAUACUUUUACUACUAUACGCUUUAAGAAGAACGAACACCCCAUUUGUACAGCUGGAGAAAAUUCUGUUGAAGAGACUGGUCUGUCUGGAAAAGGAACUAACGAUCAGCCAAGUCAUGUUCGUCUACCAGUACCUCUACUUCAGGACGUGCCUGUUCAAUGAAUUAAGGAGGUAUGCCCCAAAAGUGUAUAAACAGGACAGGCAAAAAAAGGAGGUGUUUCUCCUAUGCGAUGGUGACAGAUCAACCAGGGAAACCGACGAACGGGCAAACCAACCGGCAGACCAACCUACCCUGCCAAGUGAACGCAGCAGGGACAAGGACAACCAGGUGUACUACCUCCACGAUGAUACAUCCCACUUGAAGAAAAGGAGAAAAAGGGACAAGACAAAAAUCUUCCUCUAUGAUAAUUUUAUUUUUAAGUACCCCGCAGAGGUUAGUAUAGAAGGGGAAGAAGUCACAAAUUUGCAGGAAAAAAAAAUAAUAAAAAAAUUCAUUAGUGUUAACAGAAGGGGAGACACCUUAGCGGAAGUAAAUGGUUUAUCCGUAACGCAUGACAGGGAUGAGGUACCCACUGGAGAGGCCGAGUACCAAGUCACGUGUUACAAUUUCUACCUGGAUGUGUACAAAAUCGUCUGCCUAAAAAUGGUAAAUUCUCUAAAAAAUGAAAAACUAACCACACACACGAUCAUGCACAUUUUGGAAAUUUUCAAAAAGUUAAACAUAAGGGAUUAUAGAAUUAUUAGACACUUGUACAAAAUGGAGAAGGACAUUUUAUUUUUGGAUAAUAGCAGCCUGGAAAAGGUGUUAAAAAUCCUUCUCAAAUUUAACCUCUAUAAUAUGAUGCAUUAUUUGGGGGUGCAUAGAAUUCUGCAGUUUAUUAACUUCAACUCGGUGGAUGAAUGCGUGUCCAUUUUGGGUCACCUUGGUAUGCUGUCCACCCGGAGGAAGACGGAUCAAGCAUUCGCCAAUUUUCCCAACGCAUGCACUGAAAAUGCCGUCAAUUAUAUUUUAAAAAAUUUAACAGACUUGUCCAAUACCCAUGAGUUGGAGAAGCUUCAGAUAACGCCCCUGUACAAUUCGUUACCGUUGAAGUAUUUCAAGUUGUUCAAAAAUGUGCGCUCUGUGAGAGGCUUAGCUCAACUUUUUUUUCAACAAAGUGGGCAGAAAAAAAAUCACCUUGCUUGGUCAGGUGAAAAUGGACAAAAAAAGGCAAGCAAUUUUGUGUUGCAUUGUGUGGAUGACGUCAACCUGGGGGAAGUGUCGCUCGGGUCACUCUCCUGCGGAAGUGCCACGCCUCUGACGAAUUGCCUCCACGAGUACAGAGAUCUCCAGGAGGAAAUAUUUCAAGAACUGCACACAAUUUUUCCAUGCACGAUUGAAGUUUAUAAAAACGUGAACGUGUCGAAUUACACAUUUCCGCUGGCUAUUAAUUUGCUAACGCUGGGGGGUGGAGCGCCUAACACGGCUAACCAGGCCAGCGCAAUUGACUCGGCUAACGCGAUUGACUCGGCAAAGACACACUCCCUUGGAAGUCAAGGCCGAACCGAUGGACCCAAGCGCACACAAGAAUUGGACAGGAGAAAUACCCUCCUUGUGGACAUCCUUUACGGCCACGACUUUUACUACUCCCUCACUGGAACCAAAGAACAACAGCUGAAGAAGCACAACAUUUACGUGGCCUACUAUGGCAUGCAUGCGAAAAAGGCAAAUAAAAAAAUGGUUAAUUAUAAAAAGCACGUCAUAUUAAAGUGCGUUAAAAAAAUUGGGUACAAUUUCAUCUGCAUUGAUGCGAAAAGGUAUGUGAAAAACAAAAAAAAAAACAGAGACAAUCACCUGAACAAAGGUUACCUCACUAGUUUGAUCCUCGACCUGAUUAAAAGGAAGAAAAGAAUUCCCCUGGGUAUAAAUAGAAGGGUUAGUGGAAAAAACAGCUCAGGUACAUCGUCACAACGGCGAAGGAGAAGGUCACUUUUGCGAGAGAAAAGGCGCACGUCCAGCAUUGAAGGGGUGGUUUCCCAUGUUGGAACAAACAAACACCUAAGCAAAAUGCACGCUGAGGGAGAAAAGACGAUCUUCCCCGGGACCAACCACCUGGACAAGUUGCGGCAUAUGUUCCAGCUUGGGUAA